GAGUGAGUGAAUGUGUGUAUGAGGCAUAGUGUGUCAGAAAGACGGAAGAGGGACUGUGUCAGAAAUAGGGAGAAAGUACAGAGUUCUGAGGAGAGAGUUCUGUAUCCUUUGAUAAAAUAUUAGAUAAAAAGGGGAGGAAGAACCAAGUCAAGAAGGAGCAAGUUAAUAGGUCUACCUCAUCAGGCUCUACACACAUAAAUACACCCAGGGUCAGGAUGAGGUUUGAGGAGAUCCUGGAUGAUGUGGGUGGCUUUUCCAAAUUCCAGUUUCUGGUUUUGCACUUGCUCUGCCUGCCUAGGGUCAUCCUUCCUCUCCAUUUCCUCCUCCACAACUUCAUUUCGGCAGUGCCACCCCACCACUGUGACCUGGGCGAAUCCAGCCAUGGGGAAGAAGGGUUGUCCAUGUCUUUGGCCGAUCCAGAGACACUCAGCUCCUGCAGGGUGUUUGCUUCCCAGACGGACCUCGGUCAUUCCAACCACACCAACGUGACCGUGCAGGUGCCAUGCCAGAAUGGCUGGGUGUAUGACCACUCGCAGUUCAGCUCUACCACUGCUACGCAGUGGGAUUUGGUUUGUGACAACAAGAAGUUAAACAAUGGUCUUGCCACCCUAUUUUUUGUUGGAGUAACAAUCGGUGCAAUUCUUUUCGGACAACUCUCAGAUAAGUUUGGUCGUAAACCUAUGAUUUUGGUGUCCUUUGUAUCCAGUGCUCUAUUUGGGGCAAUAUCUGCCUUUUCUGUCUCUUAUGUCAUGUUUGCUGUGACAAGGACACUCUGUGGAGUGGCCCUAACUGGAAUGUCCAUCACUACACUUGCACUGAGCAUUGAGUGGACAGACAUUGAGCAUCGUACCUUCACUGGGACGAUCAUCAGCCUGGGUUGGAGUGUGGGAAACAUGCUGCUUGCACUUCUGGCUUAUUUCAUCAGAGAUUGGAGAUAUCUCAUGCUGGUGGUCACGUCCCCUUGCAUCGCUGCCAUUAUCUCCUGGUGGUGGAUACCAGAGUCUGCUAGAUGGCUGCUGGCUAAUGGCAAAGUGGACGACGCCAAGAAGUACCUGGUCCAGUGUGCUAAAAUGAAUGGAAAGUAUAAUUACACAUCUAAAUUGGAUACCGAGAGGCUGAGGAAAGUCACUGUUUCUGAAGUUGCCAGUAAGAACCAUUCCUACCUGGACCUGAUUAGGACACCAAAACUGAGGAAAAUUGCCAUUUGCUCAGGGAUAUUUUGGUUUGCUGUUGCCUUUACAUACUAUGGAAUUAGCUUCAAGAUCACCGGCUUUGGUCUUAACAUGUACCUCACACAUUUUGUUUAUGGUGCCAUUGAAGUACCAGCGAAAAUUGGGACAUAUUUUGUCAUAGAUCGUAUUGGCCGUAGAAAUGGGCAGGCGUGGUCUCUCAUCAUAACAGGAACACUAAUUGGUCUGAACACUGCAAUACCCACAGACUACGGUCUUGUUCGUACCUGUGUGGCAGUGGUGGGGAAGGGUUUUUCUGAAGCAGCCUUCACUACUGCUUUCCUUUACACCGCUGAGCUGUAUCCCACUGUCAUCAGACAAUGUGGAUUAGGCUACACUUCUUUCAUUGGCCGAUUGGGGGGGUCCCUGGCCCCCAUGGUUAUGCUGUUGGAGGACGUUUGGGUGCUCCUGCCCCCUAUCAUCUUCGCCAUCACAGCAGUCCUCAGUGGCAGCGUGGUCUUCCUGCUGCCUGAGACCCUCAACGUGAGGCUGCCGGAAAACAUCCUUGAUGUGGAGGAGGGAAGGCAUUUACACAUCACCAGAGAUGAAGCUAUGGGGUUGGAGUUGAACGAAAUUGACUCAAGACGACUCACAUCAUCACAAGAGGACAAGUAAUUGCAAAUUGUUAUUAAUAUGCAAAUAUUAAAAUCACAAAUGUAACGACAGCUUUCAAAAAAAAUAUCUAUCAUAGUAAUGGGAUUAGAACCAUUAACCAAAUGUGGCCAAAUGUGGCCAGAACAUAACUAUAGCCAUAACCUUCCACUUGCCAUGUUAAUGUGUAGUUUGAAAUGCAUAUGUUGUGCAUUUAUAUUGUGGAUUUAACCAUCUUUUAUCGUAUUUAUCACUAGCAUGUAGCCUACCCUUUAAUGUACUUAAACUAUCCAUUAUACAAUUAAUUAAUUAUGUGAUAUCUAAAUAACUGAGUGUAAUUUUGAGUGAGGAGCACCAUUGUUAGUGGAGUGAGGUAGAAUGUAUUCUAUUAUUCAUUUAGGAGGUGUUAUAAAGUGCCUCAAUAAUUUCAGUAUAAUUUGGGAAUGAUACAUCAUGAUUCAAUGAGUUGUUACCAAGUUUAAAUGAUUAAACUCAGUAUAUAAACCGCCACACUAUGGAAUAUGGAACAA